CGGCGCUCCGCUUGGUCCUUCCCCCGCCUCGCAAGAUGGCUGCGGCGCGGGCGGGCCCGGAGCCGUGGAAUCGCGUGAGGAUCCCCAAGGCGGGGAGCCACAGCGCUGUGACAGUGCAGGCGCCCGGCGCGGGCCUGGAACUUUGCAUUGCAGCUGUAAUUAAAGAAUGCUGUCUUGUCACACUGUCACUGAAGAGCCAAACCUUAGAUGCAGAAACAGACGUGUUAUGUGCAGUCCUUUACAGCAAUCACAACAGAAUGGGCCGCCACAAGCCCCAUCUGGCCCUCAAACAGGUUGAACAAUGUUUAAAACGUUUGAAAAACAUGAAUUUGGAGAGUUCAAUUCAAGAUCUGUCUGAGUUGUUUUCCAAUGGAAAUCGGCCUGUAGCUACCAAAACAUGUGUCAUCCCCAGCCAACCAGUGGUGGAACUGGUGUUGAUGAAGAUUUUGGGAGCCUGCAAGUUGUUGCUUCGCUUGUUGGACUGUUGCUGCAAAACAUUUCUCUUGACUGUGAAACACCUAGGUUUGCAAGAAUUCAUUAUUUUAAACCUUGUGAUGGUUGGGAUAGUGAGCAGAUUAUGGGUUCUCUAUAAAGGUGUUUUAAAAAGGCUGAUUUCUUUAUAUGAGCCAUUGUUUGGAUUGCUUCAGGAGGUCUCUAGGAUUCAACCAUUGCCUUACUUCAAAGAUUUCACCUUUCCUUCUGAUAUUGCUGAAUUUUUAGGACAGCCCUAUUUUGAAGUCUUUAAGAAAAAAAUGCCUACAGCUUUUGCAGCUAAAGGAGUAACUAAAUUGCUAAAUAAACUGUUUUUAACAAAAGAGCAAUCACUGAGGUCCAGUGAAGAAACUUUACUUGGAAUUUCCAAAAAAGCUAAACAAAUGAAGAUCAAUAUACAGAAUAAUGUGGACAUUGGACGGCCUGUAAAGAAUAAGAAAAUCUUCAAAGAAAAGUCAUCAGAAUUUGAUGUGAGGGCUUUCUGCAAACAGCUAAAACACAAGGCUGUUCAGGAAACCAACUUUGAGUUCAGUUGUUCUAAAUCCAAACUAAAGGCAACCAAAUAUUCUUCUCAGAAGGCGAUAGGAACUCCCUGUGCCAAAAGUUUUGUGCAAAGAUUCCGAGAAGCUGAGACUUUUCUACAGCUUUCUGAAGAAAUCCAAAUGGCCAUUCGCUGGAGCAGGAGCAAAAAACUCAGGGCUCAGGCCACCUUUCUGGGUAACAAACUUCUUAAAAGUAACCGGCUUAAACAUGUGGAAGCUCAAGGCUAUAGUUUGCCAAAGAAAUUAGCGUGCAUAAAAACAUCUAUUUGCAACUGCCUUCUUCGUGGCUCAGGUAUCAAGACUUCAAAGCAUCAUCUGAGACAAAGAAGAUCACAGAAUAAAUUUUUACUGAGAGAGAGGAAACCACCGAGAAAGCUGCAGUCGACUCUUUUAAAGGAAAUUCACCAGUCCCCUCAGGGGACUCAGAGUGCUACUGAUACCAGUAAAUGGGGACGGGCACACUGUACGGUUCAUAGAACCGAUCUCUACCCUAACAGUAAGCAGGUCUUGAGUAGCAGAGUUUCACAUCCUGUCAUACAAACUCCAGAGAAACAAAUUCAUGAAAAUUGUACAGGAAGCAGUGAAAAUGAAGCUGAUUCAUGGACAGUGAUACAAAUAAACAAACAUAAUACAUCAGGAACUGUUAAGGAGACAGAUGACAUUGAUGAUAUUUUUGCUUUAAUGGGAGUUUAGAUGCUCAUAUGUGAGACUUUUAAGUGAUUAACAAACUGGUCCAGUGUCCUGCUGUUUUAAGUGGAACUGUUGAGAUCUGGAAAGAUCUGGAAGUACCACUGGGACUCAGAGGAGCUGCUUUAGUGCAACACUGUACGGCAGAAAAGUCAUUUCAGUUCAAUAAACAUUUAUAGGAGCUUUGGGUCAUUUAAUCGACAAGUAUUUGACUAUGAAUUAGUCAAAUUUUGACUUGACUACGUGCCAAGUGUUAAGAUGGAAAAUCUACCAUAUCCUGCCCUUGAAAAGCAGAUGUAAUACUCUGAUUGAGGCUGGUAGUUCCCUGAAAAAUUGAAUAAUUUUAUGAUUUAACAGGGAAUUAAGACCGGAAUAAUUAAGUUUAAAAAAACCUACUUUGUGUUUUAAGGUAAAUGGGGCGGGUUGGGGGGGCAGUGUGGAGAGUAGCAAGAAAGCACCUAAAAGCUCACUUUAGCCUUACUGGUUCUGUGGUAGGUUAGUCCACUGCUGAACACCAAGGUUUGUAGCUUCUAAUGGUUAUGCUGUCUUGCUUACAUAUUAGAAUUGAUCAUCAAAGGGACUCAAAAGUUUUGCGACUAAUUGUAUUACCUAGGAGUGGUCAUAAUCACUAUUUCACUUCAUUUGUUCACCUUUUCUCAUAGGAGGGCAAAGUGAAAUGCCUUUGGAGUUUUCCAGAAAUUUGUGGGUUUUUUGGUUUAUUUAUUGGGUGCUAGGGGAUGAUUCCAAAUAAACUUUUUUCGAAAAAGGA